AUGUACUGUUGUCGCGUGGGUUUGAUCAUUUUCUUGUUACUCAUUCAAAAAGAAGCGAAUUCAAUCAGUGAACUGCAAUACCGGACGAUAUCAAAUCAUCCAAGCAUAUGCACCAAUCUUAUUGAGGAUGAUGUGACGCGCACAGCCAUUCUGCGUUUCCUUGGUUCGGGAAACGAGAGCAAUGUGCCCAUUCCGGAUCCAAUCAAAAUUGGUCUCACAGAGUUACGCGAUUUGCGCAUUUCCGGUCUGGAACAUACCAAGUUGGUUGGACCAAUUCGAUUUGAAAACGUUCCGACUUCGGUACGGACACAACCAGAUCUGCGAAUUGAAGUUGCCUUAUCAUUUGAUCACUUGGUGCUCACAGGUGGAUUCAAGCUACGGGGGGACAUAUUCCCACACAAGCCAAUACGUAUUCAAAUCAAGCCAGUUGAUCUCUGGUUGGUACUGGAUUUCCGACGAUACUCUCAUCGACCCUUGGUUGUCCUUCCCGAGGCACCACUGGCGACGGUCAGGACAGUACGAAUCACGCGAUGGAACGGCAUUCGUAUCAACGGCAAAGGUGUACUGCUCAAACUCUUCCGAAUACUUCACGGGGACAAAACUUUCGAUGGCUUGCUUAAGCGGCAAAUCGAAAAGACUGUUCGCAAGCGCUUAGAAAAUAGACUCCGCUGACAAUCUUGUCGUUAGCAAGGGUGAACAAUAUUUAUUUCAAUUCUGCCUACUGAUGAAUCUCUCAGUAGUCCGCAUAAUUCUCAAAUUACCAUCACCUUGACUCCCUUACCGUCAGCGGAAAUUUACACAGCUCGGUCAAAAGUAUCCAGCACAUUCUGAUUUGUUUAUUAUUCUGUACAAUUGUUUUGAUAAACUAAUCUAUCUAUUAUGAUCCCGUACCACACUAAGAAUUGCAUUCAGCACUUACCACUACCCAACAAUUAGGCAACCAUCCAGAAACAACUUUAGAUUUCAGCGUGUGUAAAGGUUAACGAAAACUACAGUGCAUGAAUGAAGUGUUGCUCGUGUCACCUUGUUCUAUCAGAACGUUAUGCCUUCUCUCUUGCUCUGUGAUGACCCACCUGUCACCAAUUCCUUGCCAAUGAUUCCGCUAACGAUCUGUUCACUUUCAAAUUAAC